AUGUUAGCCAUUGCCCAUCUCAAUAUCAAAGCGCUUUGUAGAGAGGGCUGCUUGAAAGAGGCGCUGCACAUUCUGCUCACUACACAGAACGCUUCUCCUGCUGACAUUAAUAUAUAUGUUCAACUUUUGAACACCUGCAUUGCCAAGAAUGCUCUUUCAGAGGGUAGAAAAAUCCACUCUCACAUCAAUGAAAGGGGGCAUAAGUUUGCCACAAACCCCUCCUUGCAAAGUAAACUUAUUCACAUGUAUGACAGGUGCAGAAGUUUGGUUGAUGCUCGCAAUGUUAUGGACAAGAUGACUCAAUCGGACGUCUUGCCAUGGAAUAGGAUAAUUGCAGCUUACAGAAGACAUGGGUUUGCAAAAGAAGCACUGCAACUGUUUCACCAAAUGCAAGUAACAGGUGUUCAACCUGAUCAGUUCACCUUUGCGGGCAUUCUUCCGGCAUGUGCCAAAAUGGGUGCCUUGGAACAGGGAAUACGGAUCCAUCAGAGGAUAAUACAAAGUGGAUUUUUGUGCGAUGAUGUGCUUGUGACUUGCCUGAUAGACAUGUAUGCAAAAUGUGGAAGAAUACACGAUGCACGCGAAUUGUAUGACAAACUGAGUAAUGCCAACGUGGUUUCGUGGACUGCUAUGAUUACAGGCUAUAUGCAGAAUGGUAUUGUUGAUGAGGCUUUAAAGCUUUUCCAGGAAAUACCUCAACAUAAUGUGGUCUCAUGGACUGCAAUCAUUGCUGGAUAUGCACAGAGUGGGCUUGUAGAAAAGGCAUUGGAUAUUUUUAAGCAAAUGCAAUUGGCUGGCGUAAAGCCAACCCCGGCAACCUAUGCCAGCAUCCUACCCGCCUGUGCCAAACUGGGAUCUUUGGAACAGGGCAUGAGAAUUCAUAAAACAAUAAUUGAAAGUGGAUUUCUGUCGGAUGCUGUUGUUGGCAAUGCUCUGGUAAGCAUGUACGCAAGAUGUGGAAGCAUACAGAAGGCGCGGGAACUGUUUGACAAAAUACCCCAACGAAGUGUGGUUUCAUGGAAUGCUAUGAUUGUGGGAUAUGCACAGAAUGGGCUUCUGGAAAAAUCUUUGGAGAUUUUUAAGCAAAUGAGGUUGACAGGCGUAAAUUUGGACUCGUCAACCUUCGCUACAAUUAUCCCAGUCUGCGCGAAAAUGGGAGAUUUAGAACAAGGUAUAGAUAUACAUCAAAAUAUAAUUGAACUCGGGCUUUUGUCAGAUGAAGUAGUUGUGGCUUCCCUAGUAGACAUGUAUGCAAAAUGUGGAGCCAUACAGAAGGCGCGCGAGUUGUUUGACAAAAUGGUUCAACGAAAUGUGGUAUCAUGGACUGCACUUAUUGCUGGAUAUGCACAAAAUGGCCCUGUCGAAAAAUCCUUGGGUAUUUUUAAGGAAAUGCAAUUUACAGAUGUAAAGCCCGACUCAACAACCUUUUCCAGUGUUCUCCCGGCUUGUGCCAAACUUAGAGCUUUGCAUCUAGGGAUGGGAAUCCACGAAAAAAUAAUUGAAAGUGGAUUUAUGUCAGAUGCUAUAGUUGUAAAUGCCUUGAUAGAUAUGUAUGCAAAGUGUGGAAGUAUACGUAAGGCACAGGAACUGUUUGAAAAUAAUUCACACCGGAGUGUGGUCUCAUGGAAUGUAAUGAUUGUGGGAUAUUCACAAAACGAGUUUUUUGACAAAGCAUUGGAGUUCUUUAAGCAAAUGCAAUUGGCAGGUGUAAAACCAAACUCAUCAACCUAUGCCAGCAUCCUUCCAACAUGUGCCAAAUUUGAAUCUUUGAAGCCGGGAAUUGAAAUCCAUCAAAAAAUAAUUAAAAAUGGUUUCUUGUCAUAUAUUGUAGUUGCAACUGCCCUGAUAGACAUGUAUACCAAAUGUGGAAGCUUACAGAAGGCACAGGAACUGUUUGAUAAAAUGCCUCAUCGAAAUGUUGUCUCAUGGACAGUAAUCAUUGCUGGAUAUACCCAAAAUGGGCUUGUCGAGCAGGCAUUGGAUUUUUUUAGGCAAAUGCAAUCGGCAUGUAUAAAACCAAAUUCAGCAACCUUCGCCAGCAUCCUUCCAGCGUGUGCCAAAUUGGGAGCUUUAGAACAAGGGACAGAGAUUCAUCAAAAAAUAAUUGAAACUGGAUCUUUAUCGGAUGUGGUUGUAAAUGCCCUGAUAGACAUGUAUGCAAAAUGUGGGAGUAUACAGAAGGCAAGGGAUUUGUUUGACAAAAUUCACUAUCCAGGUAUAAUCUCAUGGAAUGCAAUGAUUGCAGGAUAUGCAAUGCAUGGCUACAGCAUUGAUGCCCUUAAACUCUUUGAACUGAUGAAACAUUCUGGAACGAACCUCAACCAUAUAAGCUUCCUUAGUGUCUUAUUUGCAUGCAGCCAUGCCGGUCUAGUGGAUGAUGGCUGUAAAUACUUCAAUAGUUUGACUGACUCAUAUUGUAUAACUCCUACAAUGGAUCAUUACGCAUGCAUGGUUGACCUUUUUGGACGCGCUGGUUAUCUUGAGGAAGCCCUAUAUUUGAUCAUCAAAAUGUCAACAAAACCCGACAUAGUUGUGUGGAAGUGUUUACUUGGUGCUUGUAGAUCACACAAGGAUACACUGCUAGGAGAAUUUGUGGCAAGUCUCCUUUUUGAGAUGGACCAAACAAAUGCCGCACCUUAUGUUCUUCUGUCAAACAUCUAUGCAGAAGUGGGCAGGUGGGAUGAUGCUCAAAGGAUAAGGAAAUUGAUGGAAGAUAGAAGCAUUGUAAAGCUACCUGGGUGUAGUUGGAUCGAAGUCCAUAAAUUAUAA